AUGGUUAAGAUUCCAGAAAUCUAUCAAGCAAAUACGAGCUUCGGCAAAAACAAUGACAAUUCUCAAGGUCUCAUAUGUGUAUUUGCCGGAGCAACAAGCAAAAUCGGUGCUUCUACUCUCGAGGCACUAGCAGAGAUGUUGCAAUCCCCCACUUUUUACGUGCUGGGGAGAUCAGCGACGAGAUUCGCUACUCAACGCGAGAAGCUCCUCAGUCUAAACCCUCAAAUGAAGAUCGUGUUUCUCGAAGUCGAAACAUCAUUGAUUGCUGAUAUCGAUGACGCCUGUAAGCAGAUCUUGGAUGUUGAAGAGAGGGUGGACUAUCUGUAUAUGAGCCAAGGGUGCAUUCCCUUGAAUGUACCACAAUACACGAAAGAAGGUCUGGAAAUAACUUUCGCCCUGUCGUUCUAUACACGGAUGCGACUCCUGACUAACCUUCUUCCGUUGCUUCGCUGUUCCCCACAUCCACGUGUUUUGAGCGUUCUUAAUGCGGGGCAAGAGCUGAAAAUGCAAGAUGAAGAUAUCGGUCUUCAAAACCCUGAAAACUUCGGCCCUCGCGUAGCUAUUAACCACACUACCACGAUGAUGACGCUAGGGUUGGAAUAUUUGUCACAGAGUGACGCAAACCGAAAAAUCACUUUUAUACACUCAUUUCCUGGGUUGGUAGCUAGCGAUAACUUUGCUCGACUGGCUGCACCAGACUCUUUUGGUCUGUUAGGGAAGAUGUUGGUGCCGCUCAUUGGCACUUUCUUCAGUGUGAUACAGAAAAUCUUUGGUAUCUCAACAGCAGAUUGUGGUGCCAGGCAGGCAUUCCUAUUGACAAGCGAUAGGUUUGAGAGAGGCAAGACAGGGAGGAUAGAUGACAACAGCGAGGUCAUUACUUCUUCGAACGAUGCAUUAGAAUACUACCGAGAAAAGGGUUGGCGAGAAAAGGUCUUUGCGCACACUUUACAAGUCUUUGAGAAAGCGACAAGUACUGGAUAG